AGGAGGAUGGAGGCGCGCCCCGCGAGCCCGGUCCCGGCCCUGCUGCUCUGCCUGGGUCUGCAUGUUCUGCCGGCGGCUCUCAGCACCACCGUGAUCCCGUCAUGCAUGCCGGGAGACUCCGACAAUAACUGCACGGCAUUAGUCCAGAAAGAAGACAGCCCACGGGUGGCUCAAGUGUCCAUCACGAAGUGCAGCUCUGACAUGAACGGCUACUGUUUGCACGGACAGUGCAUCUACCUGGUGGACAUGAGUGAAAACUACUGCAGGUGUGAAGUGGGUUACACUGGAGUCCGAUGUGAGCACUCAUUUUUAAACGUCCACCAACCUUUGAGCAAAGAAUACGUGGCUCUGACGGUGAUUCUCGUCCUCUUGUUUCUUGUCACAGUUGCCGGUUCUCUGUAUUACUUCUGCAGAUGGUACAAAAAUCGAAAAAGUACAAAGUCAAAGAAAGAAUACGAGAGAGUGACCUCAGGAGAGCCGGUAUUGCCACAAGUCUGAACGAUGCCAUCCAAAAUCUGGGCAGAGGUGCCUGGCCUACUCGGUUCAUGUGAAUAUUCUAUUAAUAAUAUUUAUGUUGGGUCAUAUGUCAGGUCAACAAUUGUAUAUUUUUAAUGCACUCGGAAAGUGUUUUAUUUUUGAGAGACUAUUUGCUAAUAUAUUAUGUGUAAAAUAUUUAAUGUCAGAACAAAAUUGAUAUUUUUGUAAGAAUUUCUUGAGCGAAAUGCUUUUUGUUUUGUUUUUGUUUUUUUGGUGGUUGUUGGUCCCAGAGCCUGUUUGAGACCCAGGGCUUCGGGAUGAGCCAUAUCUGGUUCGUUGCUCCCAAAAUGUCAGAAGUGACACAGUUGUGGGAACCUAAGGGUAUGGUCAAAAGAAUUUAUUAUCAGAUACUUUUUUAAUCCCCAAACAAAUGAUAGCUGGUAUACACAUACACACACAGACACACACACACACACACACACACACACACACACACUUUGUUACAUUUCCUGUGACCACUGUACACCAGGAGUGCAACUGAGAUUUGAGAGAAGCAAACACAGGUUCUGGGUUACACACUACAAAUCUGGAACAAACUGAGCCUGACAAGUUUGUGAGUCUCCUUGCUCCGUCAUGGCUAACGAGACAUUUGACAUCUGUCUUCCUGGAGAACAACAGGGUGGUUUCUUAUGUCAACCCACAACUCCUAUAGCUAGCAGUCAUUAUCAAACAGAUUUUCCUUAAAUAAAGUAAAUGUAAAUAUAUAUAUAUGAUAUUUCAUACCCAUUGUAGAGACUGUAUUUUUUAUAGUAUAUCAUCAUGUGAGGUAAUUAUUGCUUGUCAGACAAUCAAGGAGAAAAUCCUUACUUGAAGACAAAACUUUUGCUUCACUGUAGAGUAUUUAGAGGGAAUUUGUGAAAUAGCUGGACAUUAAAUCUGAGUACAAAUUUGAUGGCCGAAUCAUUAUUUGAAAGUAUAAUUAGACCAGGGUUCUACAUAUUGUCUACAGGUUGAAAUGCAGCUAUUUCAUUUUCUAUUCAAAAGUGCUUUUUACUCACAAAUAGAAUGGUGCGUAGCUUCUUCUAGAACCUAACGUUAUAUACUUAUUAGAAUAUCCUGACACAAGAAGUGGAAAGAAUAGGAAAAGUAAAGAAUGACGCACUCUUCCCAACAAGAAGUGCACUUGAAAGCUUUGUGAAUGUAGAGACUUGGCUUCGUCCCCCCGCCCCUGCGGUAGCUUAGAUGAAACUAAGGCCCCCUUUCUGUCACUUGCUUCUGUUUCGGGAAGGGACUAGGGUUUGUGCUGUCCUGGG